AUGGCCUUCCGCCCUGCCAUCCUUGCGCUUUCCAAGGCCCUCUUCACCAUUGGGGCCGCGGCCGCUCCCGUCCACGUCAUGGACAAGCUUCACGACGGCAACGAGGAGGAGGCCGGCACCGACCUCUGGGUCCUCUACCUCGCCUCCAUCUUCCUCGUUCUCCUCGGCGGUGCUUUUGCCGGCCUUACCAUCGCCCUCAUGGGGCAGGACGGUAUAUACCUCCAGGUAAUCGCGAAAGAUCCUGCCGAUCCCCAGCAAAAGAACGCGAAGAGGGUCUUCCAGCUCCUACAGAAGGGAAAGCACUGGGUUCUCGUCACGCUGCUCCUUAGUAAUGUCAUCGUGAACGAGACCUUGCCCGUUGUGCUCGACCGCUGUCUUGGAGGUGGCGUUGCUGCCGUCGUUGGCUCUACCGUCUUGAUCGUCAUCUUCGGCGAAGUAGUUCCUCAAUCCGUUUGCGUCCGCUAUGGCCUGGCCAUCGGUGGCUUCAUGUCCAAACCCGUCCUGCUGCUGAUGUACCUCAUGGCCCCUGUGGCAUGGCCGACUGCGAAGCUGCUCGACUGGGCCCUAGGCGAGGAUCACGGUACUGUCUACAAGAAGAGCGGCCUCAAAACCCUCGUCACUCUGCACCGUACUCUGGGAGAUGUCUCGGAGCGGUUGAACCAGGACGAGGUCACAAUCAUCGCCGCAGUCCUUGAUCUCAAGGAGAAACCUGUCCAUGCCGUCAUGACGCCAAUGGACGAUGUCUUUGUCAUGUCCGAGGAGACGGUGCUGGACCAGGAGACAAUCGAUAUGAUGCUGUCGGCUGGCUACUCGCGCAUCCCUAUCCACGAGGCCGGGAACCCCACCAACUUUAUAGGGAUGCUGUUGGUCAAGAUUCUCAUCACCUACGACCCCGAGGACUGCAGGAAGGUCAGGGACUUUGCUCUGGCCACCCUACCCGAAACACGACCCGAGACAAGCUGUCUGGACAUCAUCAACUUCUUCCAGGAGGGCAAGUCACACAUGGUUCUGGUGUCCGAGUCUCCAGGAGACGACCACGGUGCCCUCGGUGUUGUCACCCUCGAGGAUGUCAUUGAAGAAUUGAUUGGCGAGGAGAUCAUUGACGAGUCAGACGUAUACAUUGAUGUACACAAGGCUAUCCGUCGCAUGGCCCCAGCUCCCAAGGCUCGGUACCAGCGUCGUUCUUCUCACACCGGCCGGCCUGUCGCCGAUGUGACUGACGGCAAGUCUAGUGAAGACACAAAAGUCGGCGAGGAGGAUGGUUUAGAGAACGAUGCAGACGGGAAAGGACAGCUCAUAUUGCUGCGCCGAAGCUCCGCUGGAAUCGACGGCAGGAUGGAGAGCGUGUCUGUGCGGGCGAACUUUGAUGAUAUCAAGCAGCAUCUGAAGCACCUCGGCCCGUCGAAUCGGGCCUCCAACCCGAAAGUCACGCGAUCGACCACCGUCAAGAUCAAGCCCGGUCUUGUUGUACAUGAGCAGCCCCGGUCGAACUCUGUGGCAGAAGAGAUCAUACCAGAGGUCGCGAGCAACGAGGAGGGUGGCGAGACAACAUCUCUGCUGGGAGGCGCAAAGGAUGGUGUGCAUGCCCUGGCCCAGAGCUACGGCGCAAUCGGGACAGGGGCGCUCUCGAGACCUCUCACUCCCCGAAUCCAGACAACCGAUCUAUUCAACCAGGAGGACCAGGCGACGCAGACAUCGGCGCACCCCAGCAUCGCAGAAGCCAAGACAACAGCCACAUCGCCCGGAGCAGAGGAGCAGCGGUCGCCAAGGUCCACCUCGGGCAGCGAGACGGAACGACUCGAGGCAGGUCCAUACGGUCACCGGACAGGACUCUUUGCCCGCAGUGGUAGCAUCACAGAGCAAGUCGUAGAGACACGGGGCAUCAAGAAGACCGUACUCGAGACCACCAGCUCAACUGACGAGGAAGAAGACCAGCGGUACCGUAAGAUGGCCACCCGGUCGAACGUUAGUCUCUCAUCGGGAGCACUUCUCUCUCCUGUGCUAGGGGCUGAAGAGGAAGAAGAUGAGCCUGGUAGUGCUGCUGCGGCAUCGACACCAAGUCUGCCGACCGAGAGCACUGGAGAUGGCAGCAAUCAGAGCGGAGGCAGCAACGGAGGCAGCAAUGGAGGCAGCAAGAAAAAGACGCGCAGAAAGAAGAGAAAGGGCAAGUCUUAGAUUGACUUCCUGCUCGCCUGGUGAUGUUCCUGCCUGAGUACUCACUAUUUUUUGGCGCUAUUCUUAUUGGGACAACAAAAAACGAAACUGUUUUGUUUUUCAAGUCUGCAUCGGACAAAAAUUAAGUGGUCGUCUGCAUCGUAAUCAUAUGGAAGAGGGAGAUAUUAUGUAUCAUUAACACAUGGCUGGGGGCGGAAUUGGUAGCAAUGGCAUUUACACAACCACUGUAGUAUGAACUCUGAAAAGACAUUGUGGACUUUU